GUAAAGGUCGCGCAUGCGCUGCCUGUCACCUGUCAAACUUUUAUCAUGGCUGCUCGCACUGCGUCUUCUGCUUUCAGGCUGCUUCGGUCAUCUCGGGCCGGAGUUACUAACAGACAGCAAGCCUUUUCUGCUGUAUGGACCCAGCACAGGGACUAUGCAUCGCCUCCUCCUGCCAAGUAUGGGGGAAGACACACAGUGGCCAUGAUCCCUGGAGAUGGGAUCGGUCCCGAGUUAAUGCUUCACGUGAAGGAGAUUUUCAGACAUGCCUGUGUACCUGUGGACUUUGAGGUUGUACAUGUGAACUCUAGCUCUGUGGGUGAAGAUGAUAUUCAGAACGCCAUUACCGCUAUCCGUAGGAACAGGGUGGCGCUAAAAGGUAACAUUGAGACCAACCAUAACAUGCCCCCGUCGCACAUUUCACGUAAUAACAUGCUCCGCACCAGUCUAGACCUUUAUGCCAACGUCAUCCACUGUCAGAGCCUGCCUGGAGUGCAGACCCGUCACAAGGACAUUGACAUCUUGAUAGUGCGAGAGAACACGGAGGGGGAAUACAGUAGCCUUGAGCAUGAGAGUGUGUCUGGGGUAGUGGAGAGCCUUAAAAUAAUCACUCGGAUCAACUCCCUGCGCAUUGCAGAGUAUGCGUUUAAGCUGGCCCGGGAGAAUGGCCGUAAGAAGAUCACAGCCGUGCACAAGGCUAACAUUAUGAAGCUGGGAGAUGGACUCUUCCUCCAGUGCUGUAAUGAGGUGGCUGCUGGGUACCCGGACAUCACAUUUGAGAGCAUGAUCGUUGAUAACACGACAAUGCAGCUUGUGUCCUACCCUCAGCAGUUUGACGUCAUGGUGAUGCCUAAUCUUUACGGAAACAUUGUGAACAACGUCUGCGCCGGACUCGUUGGGGGACCAGGUCUUGUGCCGGGAGCAAACUACGGCAACGUCUACGCAGUUUUUGAAACAGCUACCAGAAACACCGGGAAAAGCAUUGCCAACAAGAACAUUGCAAACCCCACUGCCAUGGUACUGGCCAGCUGCAUGAUGUUAGAUCAUCUCAAGUUGCACAGUUACGCAGCUUCCAUUCGUAAAGCUGUUCUGGGAAGCAUGAACGAGCACAGGAUGCACACACCGGACAUCGGAGGUCAGGGGACCACCUCUGAAGUAGUCCAGUCGAUCUGCAGGCAGAUCAUUGUCAAGGACGGGCGCACGAUCUCUGCUUGAGGCGUGAGACACUUCCUGGGUUUACACCAUUUGUAUAGCGGGAGCUGCCGUGACGGCAGACACAUAACUGCUGACCAUAACAUUUUCUUAUCUCCUGCAGGCUGCAAAUAACACAACUGUAUCAUACAUAUCCAGCCUUGUUCUAUCAAGAAUCCAGCAACUCACAUGCUCUUAGGAUGGAUUGUUCACAGAAGGCACAAUUACAAGAUUUAAUUUAAAGGGAUAUGAAACCUAAAAAAAAAAAUCUUCAUGAUUCAGACAGAGCUUACAAUUUUAAACAACUUUCCAAUUUACUUUUAUCUAAUUUGCUGCAUUCUCUUGGUAUCCUUUUGUUGAAAAGUAUACAUAGGUAGGCUCAGGAACUUGCUUUUAGUGGUCGCACAUAUGUGCCUCUUUUGAUUGGCUUACCAGGUGUGGUGUUCUAGCUCCCAGUAGUGCAUUGUUGCGCCUUCAACAAAGGAUACCAAGGGAGCAAAGCACAUUCAAUAAUAGCAUAUGAUUUUAAACAGCUUUCAAAUGUGACUUGCCCUACCGUAUCACUCCGCAGACCGCAAGCUUUGUAUUUAUUGUAUUGUAUAGUAUUGUCCUCGGCCUUCAUUCUGAGUUUUGGAUGUAUAUAUUUUUUUUUGUAUCAGCCCAGCUGCAUCUAUAUACUGAAUCCUUUUGUGGUUUUGUUCUGCAGCCAUAUACAGAGAUAAUGAUUUACUUUCUCAGUGUGGCGUUAUGUCUUGUACACAGUAUAAUAAACUGACAACGAUUUCAGAAAAUGAUUUCUGAAUUGCUAUGGUA